AUGGGAGACAGCGUGCCGCUGCAGACGGAGGGGAACGCCCUGCUGAAGGCCGUGUUCCAGGGGAAGCUGCGAUUGGCCCGUCUGCUGCUGGAGGGCGGGGCUUAUAUCAAUGAGGGAAACGAGCGCGGAGAGACGCCGCUGGCUGCCGCCUGCCUGGCGAGCUACGAUGACCCACAGGCACGGCUCAAGAUGGUGAGGUACCUGCUGGAGAAAGGCGCCGACCCAAACAUCCCCGACAAGGCCGGGCGCACGGCUCUGAUGCACGCCUGCGCCGGGCGCGCCGGAGAGGACGUGGCGCUCCUGCUGCUGGAGAAUGGAGCCGACCCGAGCCUCAGGGACUACAGCGGCGCCUCGGCGCUGGUGCACGCCAUCAACACGGGCGACCGCCAGACGCUGCAGGCCCUGCUGGACGCCUGCAAGGCCAAGGGCAAAGAGGUCAUCAUCAUCACCAGCCAUACCUCACCGUCCGGCACCAAGAAGACCAAACAGUACCUCAACUCACCGCCCUCGCCAUUGGACAAGAACUUGCCAUUGAACAAGUCCUCGCUGGCCGCUGCUGACAAGAACUCACCAUUGGACAAGAACUCACCAUUGGACAAGAACUCGCCAUUGGACAAGAACUUGCCAUUGGACAAGAACUCACCAUUGGACAAGAACUCACCAUUGGACAAGAACUCGCCAUUGGACAAGAACUCACCAUUGGACAAGCCCUCGCUGGCCGUCGAGGGCUUGUUCGUGGCGGCCAGCGAGGACUUGUUCGCGCCGGCCGGCGAGGGCUUUGACAAGCCUUCGCUGGCGUGCAUGUCGCCGUCCGACGUGGAGAUCGGCACCGAGUCGCCGGCCGCGGGAGAUGAACGCCAAGACGGGGAGGGGAUCUUUAGCUUCGCGCUCACCUCGGCGUUACCGUUGCCGUCCGCUCGGCCGCCCGGCGAGAAGCGUCCGGCGGCGCCGCCACGGAAGCUUCUGAAGCGGCUGAACUCGGAGCCCUGGGGGCUGGUGGCGCCAUCCGUGCUGGGCGCCGCUGCCCGGGAGGAGGGCGUGGGCGCCGCUCUGAGCCAGACCAUCGCCGAGAUCAACGGCCUGUCCAUCACGGAGCCGGCGUUGCCGCAGGGGAGGCCGCUGUUGUCGCGGCGACACAGCAUCGAGACGCACGACCCCUGCUCGCCCAAACUCAUGGACCGGUCCGUGUCCGAGGACUACGCCGCGGCGCUCGCCGGAGCCUCCUGGGCCGACAAAGUGCAGCAGCACCAGAUCCUGUACCGUAGGAACACGGCGCCAGAGUCCCAGGAGAACGCCGCGGCCCGAUUGGCUCACCCCAAACUGACCCGCAUGGAGCACUACGAGUCGGACACGCACCUCUGCCCUGACUCCAUCCCCGGGUCACCCGACUCGGGACGCGUGUCCGUGGAGCGCAGGAGGUACAAUGCCUCCCCGCUGUGCCUGCUCCCUGGCUCGUCCCGGGAGUCUCUGGAGAACAUCCCUGCCUCUGUGUCGCCGCUCGCCAUGCGACGGCGUCCCCCGGGGCUCCUGGAGCGCCGCGGCUCCGGGACGCUCCUAUUGGACCACAUCUCCCACACGCGGCCGGGCUUCCUGCCGCCGCUCAACAUCAACCCGCAGAGACCCAUCCCCGACAUCCGCGCCUCUCCCAGCCACGCCGCCACCGGCGGCGGGAAGAUCCUGGUCCCGGUGGCGCCCGCCUCACCCAAACGAGGCCCCGACUUUAAGAUGAAGAAGAAGCUGAUGAGGAGACACUCGAUGCAGACAGAGCAGAUGAAGCAGCUCUCCACCUUCCAGGAAAUCCUCGCCGAGAAGGUCAGCGAGGCCAAUGAUUGA